CACCAAUCGAAUUCCGCACCACCAUGAUGUUGUCGCUGCUACGUCGGUGCGCGCUUCCUGCGAUGUCUACAGCCCGGCUUGUGCCUGCAUCAUUCCUCUGCGCAGAUAAUCUGAUCUUUGGAGCGCGUCUAUUCUCGUCGUCCAGUGUACCCGCCUCCAAGUCGUCGACCGUGUGGGUCGGCGGCCUGCCCUACACUACCACAGCUGCCGAUAUGGCCGAGCGUUUCGGUGAAUUUGGAACGAUUGAGAAAGUUCAGAUGCAGGCCACCGCCGACGGAAGCCCGAGAGGGACGUGCUUGAUCAAGUUUGCGUCUCCGGCGGAAGCGGCGGCAGCGCUCGUGAUGGACCGGCGCACGUUCGGGACGCGGUGGAUGACAGUCAAGAAGCACCUCCAACACGAAUCCGUUGCCGAGAGGUUUCCAGCCAUCAAGCCAUCGCCCAAGAUUUGGAUCGGCGGGCUACCCUUCGAGACCACUGCCGACGAGAUUCACCAACGUUUUGGCAGCUUUGGCUCGAUCUCAGACGUGACGUUCAACACUCGGUUCGACGGCUCCCCCAGCGGCAUGUGCUACGUCACGUAUGCAUCCACGGACGCGGCGGCGGCGGCUGUUGCGUCCAUGAACAAGGCGACGUUCGGGCCGCGAUAUGUGCAUGUGAAGCUGCAUUACGACCGCGCCGCCACCAAGAAACGAUCACAUGACACGGCGCAGCAGCAGCAGCCAGUAGUGGUGGCAAGUCCCCGGGACUACCCCGUGAACCGCGCCUUCUUCGGCAACAUCCCGUUCACAUGUACGGAAUCCGAUCUCGAAGAGAUCUUUGCCACUUGCGGCGAAGUCACCGACCUGUUCAUCUACAGAGACAAACAAACCCAGCGAUCCCGCGGCCACGGGUAUGUGCAGUACAAGGACGCCGGAAGUGCCGCCGCCGCGGUGCGAGAUGUCCACGGCACGGUCGUGGGCGGUCGGGAACUGUCUGUGGAACUCCCGAAGGGGUUGCGGCGGGCCGCCGUGUCGACGUCGACGUCGGUUCUGGUGACCAACCUCCCCGAGGACGUCGAGGACGACACGUUGCGCUCCAUGUUUGAACACUGCGGCGAGAUCGCACAGCUGCGCCGGGCGCCGGACCUCCGCUCGGCGAAAAUCGUGUUUGGCAGUGUCGAAAGCGCGCAGGAAGCCAAGGGACUUGCGGGGGCGGACAUCGACGGCCGCGCCAUCGACGUCCAACUGACCAACGACAAGCAGUAGGAAACACAAACACCCUCACGCGAAAUAGAAAGAGUUGAAAUGACUACCGGGUAGUCAGCUACCGCGUUGCUGCGAUGUCGUUAAAUAACUCGAACCGUACUAUAUACCACCAGUACUAGUACUAUAAUAGUGUGUUUACAACAUUACAGUAACUAACGUUAAGACUUGCA